AUGUUUACUACGAAAAAUCUCAUAGGAACACCCCAAAGGGGACCUCGUUCCUACGAGUUUACCCCCAUAGGAGCAUCGCGGAGAACAAACCAGGAACCAGAAGAUAAUAUAAACCAAAAUAUGACCACUCGCGCUUCGCUCAGACGCACAAACGAACCUUCAAACAACAUUAAAAACCCGUUAAAAGUUGACCAAUCCUUUCUAGAGUCGUUUGAGACGACCAGCGUACUCGGGUCAAGCAACAUAAAUACGCCCUUGGUACCCCUACGCGAGAAAAGAGCGCCAACAGUCGAUGUUCUCAAGCCUCAAAAUAACAUUCUCAGUAAUGGGGCAACAAUUCGUGACCAACAACAAGAAAACAAACGCCUUGAGACCGAAAAUUACAAUCUUAAGAUCAAAUUAGCGACAUUCACCAGAUUUUUCGACCUGUCGCCGGAAGACCAGCGUAAACUUCUCACUGAAAACGUCGACUUGAAGCAGCAGUUGAUGGAGAAAGUACACGAGAUCGAUGUUCUCCGCGCAGAAAUGGCAAAGAUACACGAGGACAAAGAAAAUACACUUGUUUCAGCUCUGCCUGGGCCCAAUUACAGCUUCAUGAUUGCGGAGAGAGACGACACAAUUCGCAAACUCAAGGAUGUCAUAGACAAAAACAACAACGAACUACAGACCCUCAGAGCACAGGUCGCAAUCGCAAACCGCAACUCCCUGAGAUCUCCAUCAGACGACUUGUAUGGCAAGUUGGAGUAUAUCCAGAACGAGAACCAGAGCCUCAGGCGCCAAUUACAGACACUACAAGACCAAUUAAUACAAUCACAGAACGACGACAGCCCAAGCAGAAACUUGGACAACAUGAGGAAGAGAAUACAAGAAGUAGACAACGAGGCCAUUUUGUGGAAAGAGAGAUUCGAGAACCUCUCUGCAAAGUUGCGAGCCGAGGAGGCAGACAAAUACUCAAAGCAAGACAUGGAGAAGGCAUGGCACGAGGUCGAACAGGCACAGAAAGCUUACCAGAGCAUUCGAUCCGAGCUCGAGGCGACACAAACAGAACUUCGCCUUGCUCGUAGUGAGUAUUCCACUGCUAACAACAAGUCCGAGACCAUACUGGAAGAGAUGAAUUCACUCAAAUCGCAAAUUAGAAGGCUUGAGCAUGAAACGAGUUCACUUCAGAGUUCACUUUCAGCAAAGAAUAAUGAGCUUAAAAGCCUCCAGUUAGAGCGUGAGGGAGACAAGCAGGCGAUAAUCCGACUCCAAAACAGACUAGAGACUCUCAAUGAGGAUCUUCAGGACAAGGAGAAACAGGAGUAUUCUCUUAAAAAACAAAUCAAUUCGCUAAUCAAUGAAAGAGACAACAAAAGCAACGACACAAAAGCCUUCCAUCACCAAUACGAGUCAAUGAAAGAACGAGAAAGGGAUUUAGCUGCAAGAAAUAAAGAUUUACAGUUGGAACUCGAGAAAGUCAAAGAUCAGGUGUAUCUGGCCACUAGCAAUUAUUCAACCAACGAUGAGCGCCUUAAUGAUGCAUACGAUGAAAUUAAAGAAUUGAAAGACAAGCUCGACUUUUUUGAAGGUGAAUAUGAACAGCUAGAGAAAGUGCUUCGUGACACUGAGCAGGAAGGCGAUACUCUCAAGAGCCAGCUCAAUAAAACCAAGUUCACGGUCGCUGAUUUGGAAGAUAGUAACCAAUACUUGAAAAAGAAAUUAGAAGCAUCUGAAAGUCAAAUCAAUGAAUUGGAAGCCAGCAUAGACAGGUUGAAGUCUCAAGCGACUCCAACGGCGGGAACAAGUGCUAUUGAUCAGUUGGAUAAGUAUAGCGCUCGCCGUCUUGAAGAGGAGAAAAUCGAAUUGUUGGACGAAAUCGAUACACUCAAGUAUGAACUUUCACGCGUGAGAUUUGAGUUGAACCAAGAAAGAACUCUGAAGAGCAUGGAAUCCAACCGUGAGCAUGAAACGUUCGAAAUACGUCGCCUUACAUCGGAACGUAACCAGUUGCAAAAUAGGCUCGAGGAGAAAUCCCUUCAAGCGUCUGAACUCGAAGCGAAAUGCAGAAGGUUGACCCUUGAUCUCAGUGACAAAGAAAAAGCUAUUGAAACACUUGAGAGCCAUAUAAGAGAUUCCAACAGACACAAAAAGUUGGACAUGUUUGUGGAAGAUGAAGAGAGAACGCAAUUCUUGAAAGAGAAAGCGUCAAACGAAUCACAAAUAAGAUUGUUGCGCCAUCAGAAUGAGAAUUUACAGAAGGAAUUGGACUCUCAAAUUGCAUAUUACAAGAGUAAAGUUGACGAUUUAAUGCAAUCUUUCGGAAAGCACACAGGAAAUGAGAACCUUGUGUCCAACUCUAUGGUUGCUUUGCUAGAGGAGCAAGUUGAUGAAGCACAAAAAACAAAGCACGAGCUUUCAUUCAAGCUAGCAGAAGCGAAUAGUAGGAUUGACGAACUCCAGGAAUCCUCCAGGCAAGCAGAAGCUAAACUGAAUAGCAAUGCCACACAGAGCAAAGAGUUACAAGACUUGAAUGCGGCACUUGAGAGUAGUGAAAAGUUACUCAAGACUGAAAAUAGUCAGUUGAAGGACAAGACGAAGAGACUUUCUGAAGAGGUUGAUAGAGUAACUCGACACUGUGAGAAGCUUGCGAGCAAGCUCAGAGAACUCAAAGAUCGAGAACUCGAGCGCGAGGAAACUGUUGACCAGCGUUUGGCGAAGUCUGUUGAGGAGAUCAGCAAGUACAAGCAAAACAAUAGAAGUUUGCAACGUAAGAUCGAUGAUUUAAGUGAGCGUCUCAAUGUCACUCAGCUAGAUACUUCUCGCAAAACCAAGAACCAAUUCGACCUCCUCCAGAACGAGCUCCAAUUUUACCGGGCAAAAUUGUACGAUAUGAAUCUCCGAGCCAACGAUCUCAGUCUUGUGAACUCCUUCGUCAGCAAGGCGGUCAACAAUUCCGACAAGCAAAUCAAAGACCAGCUUGUCAAACUCAACAGCGUUACCGGAUUCCCCAAACGAAGUGCAGAGCCACAGAAACUCACGUUUGCUAUAGUAGCCAAGUUUGUGUUGGCGUCGGUCAGAAUCAAGAGACGGUUUGAGAAAUCAACCCAGAGGCAAGAGCGACUUCAAGAGUUGCGGAGCCAAAUAGAGAAACAAAGGUACUUUGUUUAG